AUGGCGGCUCCAGAAAAUAUCACCAUCGAUGAUCUCACCGGACGGUGGAGCAUGAUCCAGGGCGUCAACUGGCUCAGCCGCAAGGUUCUCAACGUGGGUAGCAUCACCAUGACCAUCAAGCAAUAUAUCGACGAGGUCGGCUUGACGCAUCUCACCAUCGACUCCAAGAGUGGAUCGGGCCUGCCAGGCUCCACCGAAAACCGCCUUCUCAACAACGAGACCAGACAUGCUACCCACCCACUCUUCGGUAAGAUUACCGGCCGCACGGCCUGGGUCAAUUUAAACGACCUUUCAUCUACAUGGCUCGCCAACGGCUGGGAGCAGGGUACCACCAGGGCCAUCCUAAUGACCACUGAGCACCUCGACAUCGAUGGCGUUACCUACCAGGCUGGUGGGUUCGAGCAGUUCAACGGUGAGCAUCGCUAUAUCCGCCACAUCGAGGUUCUCAAGGGAGGCGAAAUUCUCAAGGCCAAGCUGGUCUAUGACUAUCUGGGACCCCUGUAG